AUGCGCUCCAAGGACAAAAUCUCCUACUUUUAUGAUGGGGACGUGGGGAACGUAUAUUUUGGUCCUCAUCACCCAAUGAAACCGCAUAGGCUUUGUAUGACACAUCAUCUUAUUCUUGCAUAUGGCCUCCAUAGCAAGAUGGAAGUUUAUCGUCCACACAAGGCUUAUCCUGUUGAGAUGGCUCAGUUCCAUUCUCCUGACUAUGUGGAGUUCUUGCAACGAAUUAAUCCAGAAAACAUGAAUUUAUUUCCCAAAGAAGAUUUGCGUAGAUAUAAUCUUGGAGAAGAUUCAGAUUGUCCUAUCUUUGAGGAUAUGUUUGAAUUUUGUCAAAUUUACGCUGGUGGAACCAUAGACGCUGCUCGCAGAUUGAACAACAAGCUCUGUGACAUCGCCAUAAACUGGGCUGGUGGGCUGCACCAUGCUAAAAAAUGCGACGCCUCUGGCUUUUGUUACAUCAACGAUCUCGUGCUAGGGAUUCUCGAGCUGUUGAAACACCAUCCUCGUGUGUUGUACAUUGAUAUCGAUGUUCAUCACGGUGAUGGGGUUGAAGAAGCCUUUUACUUCACUGACAGAGUGAUGACUGUUAGCUUUCACAAGUUUGGGGAUGGCUUCUUUCCAGCGACUGGCGAUGUCAAAGAAAUAGGAGAAAGAGAAGGGAAGUUUUACGCUAUCAAUGUUCCGUUGAAAGAUGGUAUUGAUGACAGUAGUUUCAACCGUCUGUUCAGAACAAUCAUUUCCAAGGUUGUUGAGGUGUAUCAACCAGGAGCAAUUGUUCUUCAGUGUGGAGCAGAUUCACUAGCCAGAGAUCGACUGGGAUGUUUCAAUCUCUCUAUAGAUGGACAUGCUGAAUGUGUGAAAUUCGUGAAGAAGUUCAAUAUUCCCUUACUGGUAACGGGAGGUGGAGGAUAUACAAAGGAGAAUGUAGCUCGGUGUUGGACCGUUGAGACUGGCAUUCUCUUGGACACUGAACUUCCUAAUGAGAUUCCGGAUAACGACUAUAUUAAGUAUUUUGCGCCGGAUUUUUCAUUGAAGAUACCUGGUGGAUACAUUGAGAAUUUAAACACCAAAUCGUAUAUCAGCUCGAUCAAAGUACAGAUUUUGGAGAAUUUGAGAUACAUUCAACAUGCGCCAAGCGUGCAGAUGCAGGAGGUUCCACCGGAUUUCUACAUACCUGAUUUUAAUGAAGAUGAACAAAACCCAGACGAACGUGUGGAUCAGCGUUCGCGGGAUAAGCAGAUUCAAAGGGACGAUGAAUAUUUUGCUGGGGACAACGAUAACGAUGGGUCUUAG